AUGAUGCCUACAAGCACAAGAGCCACGAGGUCGCGAUUUUCUAGUCCGCACCAGCUCCCCAAUGGAGGGGCGGAACCGGUCAAGAAGACGAAUGGAGCAAAUGAGCCGCCAAAGACGUUUUUGCAGAAAUGGUUGGAGCCGGCCGUGCAGAGCAAGCCGAGCUUUGAGGAGGCUGGAUUGAUGCGAUAUGGCGUAACGGAGAACAUGGCGCCUCUGGGGACGCUUCCCAAGGCGGCAGCGCCGAAGAAGCAGGGCCAGGAGGGCGCGACGCCCAUCAGGAAGAUCAUUAUCAAGUCGAGUUCGGCAAGUUCUGCUGCUGCUGCUGCAGCGGCAGCGGCGGCGGCAACGGCAGCGAGUGCAUCGGCACCAAAGCGCUCAGAGACGCCACCUCCUGCCCUUCCCUCACCACCUUUGGCAGGUCCCAAAAUGGGCAGAAAAUCGGUGCCAGCUAGAGGUCUGGACGACGAUGAUGAAGAUGAGGACUACACGCCCAAGGCGGCUACAGGGAAGAAUGCGGCGAAUCGUGCAUCACUGCCGCGCAAGAGCUUGUCACGACCUUCGGCAGGACGCCGUUCCUCGAUAUCACUCCAGCAUGCGUCGAGUGAUGCUGUGCAGCCUCGGGAGCCUACUCCUACUCCUACACCUGAUCCUGUUCCCGAGAACAAGGAGUCUGUUGAUCAGGUUGUGGAGGUCGCGGUUGACGAGGCGCUCCGGCAUUACCGCUAUCCCACCGCGUGGGCACUGAGGACCCUCUACGACGAAAAUUCUUCGAACCCAGCCUUCUUAACCAUGUUAGAGGAGGUCUACAACCAAACAGCCGACGCUGACACGCUUGACGAAUUUUCCCGCCUCAUGGAGGAGAAGAAGAAGGAGGGCAAGAAGGACAACCAAGCUUGCUACUAUUUUGUGCCCCCGUCCACCAACUCCCGGUUCACCCCUCACAAGCCCAAGGCAGCGCCGUACAGCAGGCUUCUUUCCCUCGACCCUGCAAAGUCCGAGAGUCCAACCCAGACGCCGACAAAAAAGAAAGGCAGGCGACGGAAGGUACCAGAAUCACCCCUUGACAUGGAUGAGUCAAUGAUGGAGGGGGAGAGCGCGACUGCGACGGCUGUUACGCCGUCGCGCAAGCGCACACGACGGGAUUCUGCAAGCAGCGACUCGUCCCUGUCGGAACUCUCUGCUUCGCCGUCCCUACCACCCGACUCGCCAUCUCCCAGCUCUCCGCCUGUUCCCGCGGGAUUUCGAGCGGCCAGCCACAGUCGCCGUCACAGUGCCACGACGGCUGCCACGGCUACUGGGGCCAACACCGACACCACUACGACCGCUGCACCACCGCCAAACGACCCCCAGCCACUGAAGAGGCGCGGCAGAUCCCUUGCUGCUAAGUCGAGCGUGUCUGACGCAUCCAACCCAAACUCACCCACCCUCCCCCCAAACGCAUCUCAAGCUGCAGGGGCCGGCAACAUGCCUGGUCGACUUUCUUCGCCCAUUUUCCCCAACCUGUCAUCGACGGCCACAACAACAAAGGCGACCGGCAAGAAGAACGCCAACAAGGACAAGGCGGCUCGCACCUUGCCCAGCGACGAUGCAACGACCACUCGCAGGAGAAAUGCACGCGACAGCACCAUCAGCCAGACGCCCCAGCCAGAAAGCCACAUUCGCGGAUCGGAUAUGAGAGGCAGGGCAGGAUCCGUGAUUGCAUCGUCGCCGGCGGUGCAUCUGCGCAAGUCGCUUCGGACACCUGCGCCAAACCUGAGUCUGAAUCCAAGCACGAGGACCACGAGAUCAGCCAAGAGGACCCACGACGAGAUAGACAAUAGCUCACCGACCGCGCCAUCCUUCAUCGAGGACGUCACACCGACGGCGAGCUCAAGAGCUGCGACGCCCACGAAUCUGCGCCCGACGAAGAAGCAGCGAACUGGCCUGCGUAUCAAGACGUCUCCUAUGAAGAAGAAGGGAGGCACUGCAGCUGGCGUGCCUCGUGCCAGCGGAGAAGGCAACACUUCUGUCGCAAAUGGGGGCCCAUCAAAUCAGGAUGAGAACGACGACUACUGCUCGGCCUGCAGUGGUGUUGGGGACCUCGUUUGCUGUGAGAAUUGCUCCAGAUCGUUCCACUUUGAGUGCGUCGAUCUUGGCCUAGGCGAUACUCUCCCGGAGGAGUGGUUUUGCAACGUCUGUUUCAGCAAUAGGUACCCCACCAGGGUGCCCGAACACAAGGGUCCCUUUGGCGGUCUGCUCAACAGCCUGGAGAAGACGAACCCCCAGGCUUUUAAGCUUCCCCAUCGAGUCCAGCUUUACUUCGAGGGCGUCAAGAUUGGCGCCGAGGGCGAGUACGAGGACGUUGUGGUGCCGACUAAGCCCAAAAAAAAGGGUUAUGAGGAAGCACCCGACUUCUUCAAGGUCAGGGAUGCCGACGGUUCUCCUGUCCUCUGCCAUAAUUGUCAGCACCCAGCAGCCGACAAUCGAGCCAUCAUUCCUUGUAGUCUCUGCGGCCUUUACUGGCAUCUGGACUGCCUUGAUCCUCCCUUGGCGAUACCGCCAGUCGUGCGGACAUGGCGCUGUCCGGUUCACGCGGAUGACUUGUUGGCCACGCUACCAGAACAACUCGCACCAGCUCACCGCUUCCGGAAGAUCAAAGGAGCUCCAGCCAUCACUCCUGCCUUCAGCCGUGGCAUGAGAAACAAUGGAUUCAUCGAGAUUGAAGACGAACAAUCAGGGGACGAAACGGGCUGGAACGAUGUCAAAACUUUCGGCCGAGUCUACAAGUUACCGGCAAAGGGCGUUGUGCUGGAUUUUAUCUCUCAGUCAGUGCCACCCACGUUUUCCGAAGUAUGCGGGGAUUUUAACCUUUGGUACAGGCUUCGGAAAGAUGGCGCAGGCUACAUCUCCGGUUCGCCACCAUUGGCCAGCCUCCAGCCAAAACCAAGGAGCCCUCCAAUGGACGCUCGCACGCUCGCAGAGCAACAGGCAGUUUUGAACAUGGUUGAGCUGGCCUCCACCCAACCCAAGAGCAAGCUCGAUAAUCUGACACAGGCUCUCUUGGUGAGCGCCGACCCCGAUGUGCUAGGCCUCAUGGCGCGUGGCAAUGCGGAGAAUUUUGCAAGCGGCGACCUCAACGCCAAUGACAAGCAAAGUCUCCGCGCUAUGCUUGCUCACAUGGAGGCCAUGUCCGACCGUAUCAAGGACUUGUUAGGAAACGAGCCGCAAGACGUCGCUGGCCCCGCCUUGGGACUAAAUACGCCUGGUAUUGGUGCGACCGCCGACAGCGACAAUAUCGACGACGAUGUCUUGUCUAUAAAGAACGAGUCCGUAGAGCCGCCGGCCGACUUGCCUACCCCAGCAACUACUACCCAGGAAAACCCAGAGCCCGUCAGUGGUCUUGGGGAGAAGUCGUCACAGGAGGUGCCUGACGACAAUAACGACGAUGACUUGGCCAUCAUGGAUAUCGACUAG